AAUGUUAGCACUUCGGUCGCGUUGUGCCUUUCGAGCAGCAAAUCCGCGGUUUUUCUCGACUUCGACGCGUCUUAACGCUCCCGAUGGUGCACCAAAACCUCCACGAUCCAUCGAUGACUCCACCUCUGCGCUGGAUUACAAAACUGCACAACGGACUCGUCCACCACCUCUUCCUACCACGGACCUUCCAAGAUCCAGAAGUGCGGAAGAAGCUGUGACAAAUAUCCUCUAUAACACCCCUCCUCCAAGUCUACAGCCAUUUAAAAAACAUAUAUUUAACUGCUUGGUACAAAAUGAACCUGGUGUGUUAUCUCGCGUGUCCGGCAUCCUCGCUGGACGCGGGUUCAACAUUGACUCUCUCGUGGUGUGCCGGACCGAAAUUCGCGACCUAAGUCGCAUGUCCAUUGUCCUUAGUGGGCAGGAUGGAGUUGUUGAGCAGGCGAGGAGACAGCUGGAGGACCUGGUGCCUGUAUGGGCUGUUCUCGACUAUACAGAUACCCGCGUCAUCACGCGUGAAUUGCUCCUGGUCAAAGUAUCCAUUCUCGGUCCCGAGUAUUUGGAGGACCAAUUUGUAGGUGGACCUUCCCAUGAACCGAGACGGGGUCCCCACCCACCUCACCGCGAGACCAAGCUCGAAAAAGAGACUGCGCUCGCCCACAACUUUGAGCGUGGUGCCCACCCCAACUCUCACGCAGAAUCACAUUCUCCACCCCCAUUGACACCCUCCGAGGCUCUCCGCCUUAAACACCAACACCUUCAAUCUGUCUCCGUCUUAGCCGACCAAUUCGGAGCCAAGAUCGUCGAUGUGAGCGAGAACAGCGUCAUCGUCGAGCUCACUGCAAAAACAAACCGCGUUGUCGCAUUUUUGAGUUUACUCAAACCAUUUGGAAUUUUGGAGUCAGCUCGGACUGGUCUUAUGGCAAUGCCGCGGACACCUAUCUCACGUUCCUCGGAUGAUUCUGACGAUGCGGUAGACGAGGUUGGCACUGUGGACGCCAGCCUUCUUCCUCCUGGUUAGGCGGUCUUUGAUUAGUUGAAGCGGCCGUCGUGUGAUAUGUAUUAAAUAAUAUAUACCAUUCCAGCAAUUUUCACACUGGUCUUCGAGAGCAAUUCCUUGUAGGAUGGUUUCCAUCGCUGGUCGCGCUUGCGAAGUCUUCGCGGGUGUUGUCCACUUCUUGUCCCAUCGGGGAGCUGGUCUCUGCUUUAUACUGGGA